CCCCUUGUUCCUUUUCAGUUUUCACAAUAAUUUUCGCAAUCAUAAAAAGAAAACGGCCCACCUCUCAAAAACCCAUCAAGCCGUCGCCGCCGAAGCUUCCAGUAAUCGGAAACCUCCACUAAUUAGGGUUCAGCCCCCACAAAAACCCUCCACUCUCUAUCAAGAAAACACGGCCCUUUUAAUGUUUCAUCAGCUGAUUUAGCUAAAGAAAUACUGAAAAUCCACGACCCAAUUUGCUCCAACAGGCCCGAAUCAAGCGUGGCGCGUGGUAUUUACGACUGUGAAGACAUCGCCUUUUCAACAUACGGCGAGUACUGGAGGCGCGUGAAGAGUAUUUGCGUUAACCAGCUUCUGAGCAUUCGAAAAGUUCAGUCUUUUCGGAAUGUUCGGGAGGAAGAGGUUUCUGUUAUGUUGGAGAAGAGCAGACAAUUCGUGUAGUGAAAAACGUGUGAUUGAUUUAAGGAUGUUUUGGAGAGGUUAGGGGUUUUGUUGGGUGGUUUCGAAAUCGGGGAGUUACGUUCCUUGGCUUGUUUGGGUUAAAUAUGUUAAUGGGAUGAAUCGUAAAGUUCGGGGAGUCGAGGAAGAUCUCGAUGAGUUUUUGGAUUUUGUUGUGAAGGAGCAUUUGAAAGGUGGUGGAAUUCGCGGAAACGAGAAGGAUUUUGUCGAUGUGUUGCUCGAUAUUCGGAGGAACGAUGAGGGUGGUUUUGUUCUUGAAGAAAGCUCGAUCAAAGCUCUUGUCUUGGACAUGUUUGCUGCUGGAAUCGACACAACAUACACACUACUCAUUCCUCGAGAGUCAACCGAAAGGCACACGAUUGGUUUUAAACGUGUGGGCUAUUGUGAGAGAGAUCCAAUUUUGUGGGAAAAUCCGGAGAGAUUUUUACGUAAUUCGGUGGAGCUUGUUCUUGCGAAUGUUGUUUUAAGUUUCGAAUUUGAAUUGCCAGGUGGCGCGAGUGGAGAAGAUUUGGAUAUGCGUGAAGGUGAUGGACUUACUAUUCAUAGAAAAUUUCCUCUUAAAGUUGUUGCUAGAUGUGAAUCUCUACCUUAAAUCUGCUAUGUUGAUGAAAUGUAUGCAUGCAUGUAUAAUGUAUUUUAACAUCUGAUACAAUUUUUAUUAAUAAUUCAAUUUUCUGGAU